AUGGUAUAUCUGUGUUUUGAAGGUUGUGAAUCAUUAACAAGUAUAAAUAUUGAAAAUAUUCAAUUUAUUAGUGAGGAUAGAAUGUUUGUAGGAAAAGAAAAACUAGUUUCAAUUCCUAUUAAUAACUUAAAAAGAAUUAAUGGAAAAGAAAUAAGAGAAAGAGAUAUUAAUGAAUUUGUUAUUCCAUCAUCAAUUAGAAAAAUAGGAGAUGGAUGUUUUAAGGAAUGUUCAUCAUUAAAAUCAAUUGACACACCAACGCCAGUUAAAUGUAUAGGAAAUGAAUGUUUUAGUGGAUGUAAAUGUGAAGAAUAA